AUGGGUCGCCAUUCUUGUUGUGUUAAGCAGAAGCUCAGAAAGGGUUUAUGGUCACCUGAAGAAGAUGAAAAGCUUCUUAAAUACAUUACCCGAUUCGGCGUUGGUUGCUGGAGUUCUGUUCCUAAACACGCCGGAUUGCAAAGAUGUGGAAAGAGUUGCAGGCUUAGAUGGAUAAACUACUUGAGGCCUGAUCUUAAAAGAGGAAUGUUUUCACAACAAGAAGAAGAUCUCAUACUCAAUCUGCAUCAAGUUCUCGGCAAUCGGUGGGCACAAAUUGCCGCGCAGUUGCCGGGAAGAACAGAUAACGAGAUCAAGAACUUCUGGAACUCGUGUCUGAAGAAAAAACUGAUGAAACAAGGGAUUGAUCCGAACACCCACAAACCGAUGACGGAUAACAACGACGUUAAAGAGAAAAAGAUCGAGUUUUUCGACAAAAAAUCCGAGUUUUUUCCGAGCUCUUCGUCGUCAAUGCCAAUGACAGCAGCUGAAUUAGAGCAAGCUUUUCAUGCCAACAAUGGUGGAUUGAUCUUAUCCUCAUCAUCGUCGAUGGACACCGGUUCGUUCUUAACCAAAUCCGCCUGCGACCCUCUAUUCUUAGUCGAAUUCCAGUCCGACAUCGAUCCAAUCACCUACAACUCCAAUCUCUUAUCUCAAUACCAACAAACCGGUUACGACACUUCAUUGCCGAAUUUAGCAAGUUUUUCGGAUCAUUCGGGUUCGAAAAUGAAUACAACGACCUCAUUCAUAAUGAAUGAAGCAAGAGAUAGCUCAAGCACCACCAACAGUUCACAGAUGAAUAACAGCCUUUCUGCAGGGUUUCAACAGAUGACAUUUGAAGGAGAAAUGUUCCAUUUCAAUGGCGUCAAUGUGAAAUCUGAAGAAGGGUGCAUAGGUCAAUGGGAACAACAAAACAUGCACGAGGUACAAGUCAAUAAUGCAUCAGAUUUCAAUAUGUACCCAAUGGGGUCACUAUCCGGUGAAUACACUGAUGUUUUCCAUCAGAUAUGAUUGAUUCACAUGUAAAUUUACAUACACCAUUUAUUUUCUUUCUUAUCAACAAAAUAAACUCAAAAAAAGGUUGAUGGGCACAGGGCACAGUUACCCGAUUAAUCGUACAGCUAGUUUUAUAUCGAACCGUAUGUAAUUUUUUUUUUUCGGGUUUUCGGUUUUGGGGUUUUUGUUUCGGUAUAGAGAGAGAUGACGAAGGCUUUGUAAAGUUUUGUUGGAUUGUUGAAACGGGUGGGGUUACAACAUUUUGAUGUCGUUUAAUUUGGCCCGAAUAAGACGUAUAUUAAAAGGUGUCGA